AUGAUUGGUUUCCGCGCCGGCCUCUCGACGCAGGAUGCCAUGAGGAUGAUCAAACAUCACAUCAUCGACGGCAGUACCAGGGACACCAGGGCCCUGCUUGGACGCGACCUCGAGAAAGCGUUUGACAACGUUCUCCACGAAUACAUCCUGGCUUCCAUCGCGGACCUCAAGCUGGGCCCCAGGCUUUAUAACUACGUCCGUUCGUUCCUGAUGGAGAGGAAAGCGAAGCAGCGGAUCGGCGAAUUUGUCUCUGACGAGGUGCUCCUGGGCCCACAGGGCACGCCGCAAGGCUCGGUCAUUUCGUCCACUCUCUUCAACAUUUGCAUGGUAGGCCUCUCGAGGAAGCUGGCCCAAGUUGAAGGUAUCAAACACGCCAUCUACGCCGACGACAUCACGAUCUGGUGCACCGGUGGUAGCGAAGAGCAAGUGAAAAGCGCCAUGCAAGAGGCUGUAGACGUCACGGAGCAGUACCUGCUACCCACCAGACUAAGCGGCGACCCGAUACCCAGGGUCGACACCAUCAGAGUUCUGGGUAUGUUCAUCGAAUCGGGUGGUGGCAACGGUACUGCGUUGCGCAAAAUCAUCGCGAAGACUGACAACGCUUUUCGCCUCGUGCGAAGGGUCACGAACAGACGUCGUGGCCUCAAGGAGGACAACCUGAUUCCGCUCAACGCCUUUGUGCUGUGUCACUUCAACUGCAUGGUGGCCAUGGACAACUGGCUCAGAGCCGGGCGGGACAAGCUCAAUGCCCUCAUUAGAAAAAUUGUCAAGAAAGCCCUCGGGCUGCCCGUCAGAACGCAUACCGAGGACCUCCUCCGGCUCGGCCUACACAACACCAUGGAGGAGAUAGCCCAGGCUCAGGAACGGGCCCAGCUAACUCGGCUAUCCACCACGCCGGCUGGCAGGCGCAUCCUUGAGGAGAUCGGACUCACCCCACCAAGAACUUGGCUAGCAACGCCCAGAUUCCCAGAGAAAUAG